AUGGACUCUCCGUCGAACCCGUUCGGAAGAAAAAGGACUGUUGCUCUUCUCAACUCCCUACCCGGUAUCACGCCCUUUUCACAGCACGCUAUCCUACGAUUCCAGUUCAUAAGGCCGGGGACACGAAGGGAAGCUGAGGGUGUUUACCGCAUCGUCCAGGUGCCACUCAGCUAUACCUUCCAGCAUAUGCGAUGUCUCAUCUCGUUUCUGUUUGGAGGAGACCAUGAAGACAUGCAGAAAAUGGUGGACAUGGACCAAUAUGAAGACGAGGAGAGGGGCCAUUUUUUCGAGGUCAGAAAGAAGAUUGUGAUGUACCAGCCCAAGUACAGGCAGGCGACUAUUCGCUCGGGUGAGCCUUGGAUCCGUCUCUCUAGCGCGAAGGAUCCGUAUCGCUACAAGGCGGACUGGGACUUUGAUGAUGACAAGGAUGGGGAGUCUGUUUGUGGGUCGGAGGAGGAGCAAGAACCGUCUGAGGAAGAAGAAGAUCCUUGGCGCUGGGAGGCAGAGGACGAGCUGACUCUCGCGAACCUAUGGCCCGAUGCGAAGCAUCCAGAUUUUGACCGUGGCAUAAUAUAUUAUCACACCUGUUCAACGCGAGAUGAGCGACCGACUCAAGUGCACAUCACAUACGAUCGCUCCAUUACCCAGCGCCGGAAAGGGCGCGGAAAUGCACCAUAUGUUUUUCGCGCCCGAGGAGACGUCUUCAUCUCUCCCCUCGCUGACCUGGGGCCAUCUGAAACCAGGGACAAAUUCGAAUAUCCUCUCAUGCAGAUGUCACGGCACCUCUGGAACGACCCAUCGAAUGCUUUUGCACGGUACCUUCACAGAAAGGCGGUCCUCCCCAUUCCUGAUUUUGACGACGACGAAGACCAAGUAGAAGUAGAAGUAGAGAACUCGUACAUGUCGACCCCUGGUUUGACGACCUCGCCGUCUUCACCCAUGUCAUCUUCGUCGAUACCUCUGUCCUCUUUUCUGUAUACAUUCCCUAAGCACACCCCAGGACCGAGACCCUCACAGCGGAAACGUAUACGUUACAUGUCCAAGCGGCUGGAAAGGUCGGGAAGGGGUGAAGCUGUGAAGAAACUUAGACAUGUCCUUGAGAGGGAGGAAAGUCCUGUUGAUGAUAUGGAGAAGAGGCGUGUCAUCGCGUCGGAGCGAGGGUAUCAGUCUGAGGAGAUCUGA